AUGACCGAAUCCUCACCUACCAAACCUCCUCUUCCAGCGUUCGACCCGCAGAAUUGUCAGACGUACGCAGCGAGUUGCCACUGCGGUAGCGUACAGUACUCGGUUUUGCUCUCGCCGCCGCUGGCCCAGUGGAAGGUUGUAUCGUGCAACUGCAGUAUCUGCACGCGCAACGGCUACUUGCUCGUGUACCCCGAACGGUCGCAGCUACAAGUAAAGAGCGUAGGUGUGGGAGCGCAGUCUGGCUUGAUCCUAGGAUGGGCGAGUUUGGAGAAGCGCCGCCAGAUCUGCUAG